AUGUUAGCUCAAUACCAAUAUGAGUUGCUGUACAGACCGGACACCUCCAUUGCCAACGCUGAUGGUCUCAGCAGCAGACCGGACACCUCCAUUGCCAACGCUGAUGGUCUCAGCAGCAGACCGGACACCUCCAUUGCCAACGCUGAUGGUCUCAGCAGCAGACCGGACACCUCCAUUGCCAACGCUGAUGGUCUCAGCAGGCUGCCACUCCCAGACAUGCCCAAAGACCCCAAAUGUCCCCUGGACUGUUCUAACCAGUAUUCUCCUCCCUCUGCAGUAACCCAGGUGGUGGUUCUGUCCUGUUCUAUCUGGUUCUGGCCAGUUCUAUCUGGUUCUAACCAGUAUUCUCCUCCCUCUGCAGUAACCCAGAUGGUGGUGAUGCAGCAGCAGCUGCCUAGAGACGUGCCCAGCCAGAUGACGUGUCCCCAGUGUCAGGUCCAGGUUCUGACAGAGACCACAUACGUCGCCGGGUGUCUCGCCUGGCUCAUCUGUGGAGCCCUCUUCCUAUUCUUGUGCAUGAUAUGCUCUUGCAUUCCGUUCUGUGUUGACUCCUGUAAGGACGUAGAGCACCGCUGCCCCAACUGCAAGACAGUGAUCCACGUCUACAGACGCAUGUGAACAGACCUGGACCAGACACCUGCAACAAACUGAUCACACAUCCACAACUAGCCCAACCUCGGCCCACAGACACUUCUGCCACAAAGUGAUCCUUACCUAUAGGAAUCUAUUCCAGUAGAUCCUCUUAGGGAAACUGCUAAACCAGUUGAAUGCACCAGGAUUUGAAAGACAGUGGGCUUCUGUCUGUCGCUGAAAUGACUACUGCAGCACCAGCUUUUCAUCUACGUCUACUGUGAAUGUGAAUGUGGUACAGGGUGUUAUUAUAGUCAACAUUGACUAUAUCAUAAAAAUUCAAUUUUUGGUCUUAAUUUAAGGUUAGGGUUAGGCAUUAUGGUUAACAGUGUUGUUAAGGUUAGGGUUAGGCAUUAUGGUUAGCAGUGUGGUUAAGGUUAGGGUUAAAAAUCUGAUUUGAUGACUUUGUAGCUGUGCCAGCUAGUGACCACUCUGCAGAACUGCCUCCAGGGCAAGAUUCAUGACAAUAAAUGCCAGCCUGCCCCUAAUUAGGGGGAAGAGGUUAAAUAAUAGACAGCCAUACAAAUGUACAGUACAAAGACCACGUCUAGUAGGUUUUUAUACUGAUUGUAAUGAAGUUUUUCAAUUAAAUGGAUUUAAA